CUAAUUUUGCUCCAAAAAAGAAAAAAAAAGAAAAGAAAAGAAAAAGAAUCUAAACCCUAAUCUUCGCGAGACAGCAACGAGGCCACUGGAACAGCAAACGGACACGUCAGAAAAAUGCCGCCAAGUACUUCUUCGAAACUCCCGGUAGACUUCGCCGAGAAAAUUGGACUGGAUUGAUCACCGUCGACGGACCUCCGCAUCGCCUUUCGGUUACUAUGAGGGCCGUUCGUCUUCUCUUCCCCAUUAGACGAGUAGCUGCAUCGCCUUCGCCACCGGUAGCGUUAUUCUCUUCGUCUUCUCAAUUAAUCACUAAAUCGACGAACUGUGUCGCCACUGAAGCAAAGAAGGGAGGUUCAGUACACAGAAAACAGCCGAAAUUUAAGUGGAACUCGGCAAACUUCUUUGGUACAGUGGAAGAGCCCCUUAGAGUGGUUACUAGGAAUGGCCGCACAGUUAUUGCUCGGACAAUUCUUCGAGCUAAAGUCUCCCCAGAUUCUAACUGCAGUUUUAGGAUUCUUCUGAAACUGUGGGAAGAGAUGGCUGAAUCAUGCAUCGAACGUCUUAAACCGAAUGACUUCGUUUAUGUUGCUGGGACUUUAGAGUCUUAUAAGAAGACUAAUCAGUGCGGGAAGUCUUAUUUAUCUUACGAGUUAACUGUGUCGGAGUUGAAUUGCAUUGCACAAAAUGAUCAAGGCUCAAAAAGUCAAAAUUCUGUAGGCAUGCUACAUGAAGAAGGAUAUGCUCGUAGGUGUAAUUACAGGGAACGUCUGCACUUGUGGCAAGUGUUUUUCAGUAGUCCACAUGAAUGGUGGGAUAACAGGAACCAAAAGUCAAAUCCAAAACAUCCAGACUUUAAACACAAGAGUACUGGUGAGGUCUUGUGGCUUGAGGCAACAGAUCCUCCAUGGAUCAGAAAACAGCUCGAAUUGCUCGACACCAAAAUGGAAGAAAAUGAUCAAGAUGGUCACUUUGGUUCUGAUUCCAGCAUGUCCAAGUGGUUAUAUAGCUGAAGAAGUCCUGCUUGCAGCUGCUGUAUCUUUGUGCUCUCCACAUUGGUUCUUCUGCUUGAACAAUAUAUUUAAACUGAGUACCAGAUCCCUAUGUGAUGAUUCAACCGAGGAAUCUCUGUAUAUAUGUGAUGUUCAUAGAGAUAUGCCAUUAAUGCAGCAAGGCCCGAACUAUGCAAAUGGAUCAUUGGUAGAUUGAAGAUGUAUGAGCAUUUGUUGGCAUUUUCCCUCCUCUUGACCACUUGUGCUGUUAUUGUCUAUGUUAGGAAUUGGGUUGUGCCUAAUUCUCUUUAUAUGAAUUAUAUGUGAAAUAAAAUAAUAGGAGGAAAAAAUAGAGGCAGAUAGAAAUACAACAUAAAGCAAAGAGGUUCUCUCCUUGAUGAAUUACAACUCAUCUUUAUAUUUACUAGUAAAACCAGAUGUGCAAUCUACUUGAAA